AUGGCAGUAAAUCUAGCUGUCGCGUGCAGACUGCGCUCUUUCACCCGAUGCGCCGGCGCUUUGAGAAAUUCCGCUUGUUCCCCCACUGUCGCUGUAUUAUCUCAGGCCAUCGAUCCGCCUGUCAUCAACGGCGUGUGCAACCCUCGCAAGCCUGGAGUAGUCACAUUACCCGGUUACCAGGACCCUGUAGCGGAUAUUGCCUACGCCCUGAGACACAAGAGCGUCCGGGUCCUCAAUCCCAAUUUGUCGCCAUCGGAUUCUUCUGACGAGGACUGGUCCUUCCCCGACGCAGAAGAGGGGAUUAUCAUUUAUAGCCAAAAUCUUCCUCUCUGCCAGCCAUACUCGAGAUCCCGUCACAACUACAUAAUCUGA